AUGCGGGAGCCAAAACAAUGGAAAAUACUCUCGCUGCUAGCACUUCAAUCCUCGAUUUUACUCCUCGUUGACGCAAAACUCGAAUGCGACCCAUCGAGCGACACAAAAAAGGCCGAUCCGAAGAACCCGGAGAGUUAUUUGUAUUGUAAUUUGGAGGGAACAUUUUCCAAGCGAAAAUGCGUCUCUGGAAAGCUCUUCAAUGCAAAGAGCGGUCAAUGCGAGUCGAUUGUGAUGAGCGACUCACCGGACGCGAUUCUCGCUCAACCGUUUUUCCAGGCACCAGACGAUCUCUGUGGUUCGGGUAUUCCAUUAACGAUUCUCUCGGCGCCCGUCGUGUGCAAUCCGUCGAUCGCCAGCUGUCCUGAUGGCUAUGUUUGUCGAAUGUAUGAACGAACGGGCACCUCUUACUGUUGUCAGAACACAGCUCCAACUCCAGACGAUUUCAACAUGUGCAGCAGCGAUCAAGUCACAUACAUUGAGCCAUCAACCGGACGACCGAGAAACUGUGUGCUUGGUGAGUCAGACUCUUGCCCAACCGGAUUUGGCUGCAAUCUUAUUGGAGGAACAACGACAAGAUGUUGUGGAAAGGAUUUCGGUUGUCCAUUCAAUGCUGCUGGUUUCAUUCACCCAGCCACUGGAAGUAUCGUUGAAUGCAAUCCAAAAAGCUCAAAUCUUUGUCAAAACGGUUUCCAAUGUGCUAGAUCUUCCAAAUUCAAUAAGUACAUCUGUUGCUCGGAAGCUGAUGGAGAUGCAAGAAGUUCGCAAUGUCCAAACGGAGAUCUCCCAUUGGCAAACCCGGCAUUCUGCUCGGCCAACACUCCAUGCCCAGCCGGAUAUGUGUGCAGUGAUGAGAAAUGUUGUCCUGCAUUUGGCGUUUGCCCUGCCGGUCUCCCGUUAGGCGGUGGAUUGACUGUUUGCAAUGAGAAUCUCCCGUGUCAAGAUGGAUAUGAAUGUGUGACAACGGGUGGAGCGCAAUAUUGUUGUCCAAGAAAGGAAAACGUUUGCAUCCAGCCAAGACAUUCGGGAAAUCCGUGUGCUAACACAAGACCAGCUGUCACUCGAUAUUACUUUGAUCAAACGACUGGAUCUUGCAGAUCUUUCCAAUUUUCGCAAUGUGGUGGAAAUGCAAACAACUUUAACUCACUGGAAGAGUGUGAGGGAUUCUGCGUUGAUUCACAGUGCUCAAAUGGACAAGCUUAUCGAGUUGGCGCUGUGAAUGCGGCUUGUUCAAUGUCUUCUCUCAACACUUGUCCUCGUCAACAUGUUUGCACUACGCCAGCUUUUGGACCAUCUCCAAUUUGUUGCCCUAUUCAAGAGCUUACUUGCAACGAAAUGGUUUCCGCUGGAACGCCUUGUUUUGGAAAACAAAUGACUAUUCAGAGAUUCUUCUUCAACCCAGCCACCCGAAAAUGUCAACCAUUCCAAUACUAUGGUUGCAAUGGAAAUGGAAACAACUUUCACUCAAUCGAACACUGUGCCGAUUUUUGUUUAAAUGCUAUUGAUACAGCCUGUGGUGGUGCAGCUCCGCUCGUCGACCCAAACAAUCGAGCUCAAAAAUGUGAUCGAUCCGUUGGUUGUCCUGAUGGUUACAAUUGUAAUCCGGAAGGAUAUUGUUGUCCAGAAACUAGAACUUCUUGUGCCGCUCCAAUGUCUCGAGGAAACGUUUGUGCCGGUACAGCACAAAGAACGAUGUGGUUCUAUGAUACGGCUCAACAAAAGUGCCGACAAUUCUUAUAUAAUGGUUGUGGUGGCUCAUCAAACCGUUUCACUUCACAAGCCAUCUGUUCAACUACUUGUGUCCAAGCAUCCACUGUCGGUCAAUGUCCUCGUGGAAUGACUGCUUUUGUAGAAACUGGAGAUAUUGCUGCAAAAUCGUGCACAUUGAAUGUACGAGGAACUUGCCCAGAAAGCUCAUCAUGUGUACGAUCAACCACAAAUGUGCCGAUCUGUUGCCAAACUGUUCACUCAUGUCCCGGUGGAAGGAGUCCGUAUUAUAUUCCAGGCUCUACUUCAGUGGUUGCUUGUAGUAUGGAAAGUGACACGUGUCCAAGGGGAAAUGCUUGUAUGGAAAGCAGCACAAUCACUGGCUUCAAUUUGUGCUGCUCGGUGGGACUCACAAACUCGAUCAACCAGCAGAGACCCGGGAAAUUGCAUGGAUCAAAGAAUCGGGGAACUAAGACAAAUCCAGGAAGUCAAGUUCAACGUCCACGCACCUCUGGGUCUGGAUCACUUGCCUCGAUUCUCGGCGAGUCGACAUGUCCCGAUGGAAUAAUUGGAAAUGGACAACCUUGCACAGUCAACACUAUUGGUGGAUGUGCUAACGGUCAUAUCUGUUUGAGAAAGGAAGGCUACGAAAGGGGCACUUGCUGCCGACUUACGAUGCCUAAAUGCAGCAAAAUCGGCUUUAUCCCAGUUUUACUCACCAAUAAACAGGUUCAAAUCUGUGACGAGAACGAAUUCGGAUGUCCGUCUGGAACUGAAUGCCAAACGACUAAUAUUCUCGAUGUGACAAUGUGUUGCGAGCGGUACACUGGCAAACAAAGAGCUGGGAAUAAGGUUCCUCAACAUCCAACCACUGCAUCAAGACAAUUUGGACUUGUUGGAGCUCCGUCGAUUCACGAGUCCAACGCUGGAAGGUGCAAGAAUGGAGAUAGACCUUACAGAGACGAUAUUGGAAUGGUUCUUCAAUGCAAUGUGAUGAAUCCUUCAGAAGGUCCUUGCCCAGACGGUUUCAAAUGCGAGUUCUCCAACGCGGGGAUUGCCAUUUGCUGUGCUGAUUUGCAAUCGAUUCGUUGCCCGGCUCAAUCAACUCCAUAUGAAUUUGGUGGCCGACCACUCGCCUGUCCACCAGGAUCAACAAAAUGUCCAUCUGGUUACUCGUGUGUUCCUUCGCACAAUCCACUUCAUCAUUUGUGUUGCUCUGAUGGUGGGCCGAGAACGCCGACUUGUGCUGCUGGAGUCGCGUACACGAAUCCCGUGACUCAAGAGAAACAAUUCUGCUCUCCUCUUCGUGACUCUUGCCCUAAUGGUUUUCAUUGCUUGGAAAGCACAAUGCCUGGACAAUUUAUAUGCUGUACACAAGGUGAUCUCGGGGAAAAAUUCGCAGGAUAUUGCCCUCGUGGCCAAAUCCCUCAUGUGGAUUGGUAUGGACAGCCAUCUCCUUGCCAUAUGAGCCUCAAACCGUGCCCCAACAAUGCGCCCUAUGUCUGCAUUUACUCGGCUGAGAAACAGGACUCAUUCUGCUGUGCUCCACUGGACUCAACAGCUCGUCAGUAUCAUCCAUCCAUUGCCAUGCCUGGAAUGCAGUUCAAUAAACUUCCCCCAGCUCCUGGACAAGGAUUUCCAAACUUCCCCAAGACUCCAACGAACAACAAUGGUUUCAACAACGGCUUUAAUAAUGGAUUCAACAACGGUUUUGGACAAAAUGGCCAGUUCAGGGGCAUCCAAGGACCAAAUCGAUUCACUCCUCCACCACCAAAUCUUGUUGUUCCAUCGUUUGGAAUUGCUGACUUGGAGAAAAAGGAACUCGAGAAAGGCAGACAAGUUGCACAACUGGUGGUUCAACAACGACAAAAUCAAAACAAAAAAGUCGAAGCUUCAACGGGAGGAUGGGAAGUGAUGGGUACGCCCGAUAAUGAGUAUGAGAAAGCGCUCAAGCUUGGAGAAAAGAUUGGUCGCCAACUUCGAUUGAACUCCUUAUCCGGCAAUAGUGGUUGCCCAGCCGGUUCUCGAGCUCUUGUAGGCACGGAUAAAUCGGUAGUCACCUGUGAUGAGAACCCUUGCCCUGCCGGCUUUGCUUGUCUCUUCGCUGAUGAGGUGAACCGUUGGCAAUGUUGUUCCACGCCAUCUUCAUCCCUUCCCACCCCACCGCCAGAGACAGAUGAAAAGACUGCUUCAAACUCUACCUUAAAACAAUCUUCUCUCAAAACCUCAUCAAAUAUUACUACAAUGCCUCCAGUUUUCUCAACUGAAUGUCCACUUGGAUUUUAUAAUAUUGAUGGGAAAUGUUUGAAAGUACUCUAUGUCGGACAAAAGGGUUGUAUAUCGGACGAUCAGUGUGCUUCGAAAGAACCAAAUGCUACUUGUGAUUCAGGGUAUUGUAUCUGUCCAGCUUCAAAACCGCUUGUUCAUGAUUCAAAAUGUGUGGAGAAAUGCCCGGAAGGACAUAGCAAUAUUGCGGGACGAUGCUAUGAUCCAACAACUGUGAUAUUUAUGGACUCUGUUGAUGAACGAAAUAAUGGAACGAUCGGUGGAUAUUGUUUGGAUACUUUGGUUGAAGAGAAGAGAUGCUUGGUGAAAAACGCGUACUGUAGCGAAAAGACGGUCACUUGUACAUGCAAACCAGGCUUUGAGCUGGAAAUGAAUGGGAACAAAAAAGAGGAGAAUGGAAAAUGCGUGAAAUUGGCGAAUACGAAGUUUGAUCAGGAGAUGAUGCUAGCCGAUGAGCCGAUGCCAGAGCUCGAUCAAGAGUUGUACUUUAUCGAUAUCGCACCGCAAUCCGAUGCUCCAGUGGAAUCUCCAUCGAAAGCCGACGAUCCAUCUCGGUACCUCUUGCCACAAACCGAAGACGCCACACUCCUCGAAUGUUCGUCAUUCACUUCUCGCGUCUCAGUCAUUCCACAUGUUCCAUCAGUGACGUCACUUCCCUUUUUGAGUGCUUCUCCCGUUCUAGUCAAUUGGAGUCUCAUCUCUCCUGAUUCACUCUGCAUGGAUCCACCAAGGAAACCGAGAUUUCACAAAUGGGCUCUUGGUGAAGUUUCAGCGAUUUUCACUUGUGAUGAGUGCCCAAAGUGUAGCGUUGUACUGCCGGAUGCUUUUGAGGUUCCAAUCGGCACACGAAUCAACUCAAUAUUCGUACUUGGUCAAUGGAUGCCCCACAAUCGAGCAAGAAGUGAUAUCCCUGUUUUCUAUUUGGAAACACCAAAGAAACUGAAAACUCCAUUGAAAAAUUGCCGCAUCGUUUUAGCAGAUACCAAUCGAUUCGAUGGAACUCUUGUCGGCACUUUGGCAACUCCAUUCAUUUUAUUGCUUUUCGUAUUUCUUUUGCUCAUUUUAAUGAGAUAUUGUUGUUGUCGUCCACCAGAAAAGUCUGAUAGUUACGGUUAUGGUUGGGAA